AUGGCUCCGUGGCCACUCUAUGACACUUGCCUUGAUCCGGUGUUCAGUGCAGAUAAAAUCCUGUCCCCUCUCCCCGAUGCGUGGACAGAUAGUUACCAGGCAAAGGGGUUGCUAGGUGUUGUAACUUCCUUUCUUGUUCCCCUCUCCCUAGGGCUCUAUGGGAAAGAUGGCAUCCUGCCAGCCCGUAAGAUGCUGCGUGUCUCUGGGAAGGGCUUAUGGGAGCAGCUGCGGGAUUCCCCAACACUGCUGUGGUUUGGCCCACGCCUGGGGCUGGACACGGAACUGGGCAUGGAGCUACUGUGCCUGCUGGGUGUGCUGACUUCCUUCGGCACCCUGGUGUUUGAGCCCCUGCGGGACAGCCUCGUCUUCCUGCUGCUCUGGGCACUCUACCUCUCACUCUAUCAGGUGGGGCAGGUGUUCCUGUACUUCCAGUGGGACAGCCUCCUGCUGGAGACAGGCUUCCUGGCCGUGCUGGUGGCCCCGCUGCACCUGCUGAAGUGGCGCUCCACUGCCUGGCGGCCACACGACAGCAUCACCUUCUGGCUGAUGCGCUGGCUGCUCUUCCGCCUCAUGUUCGCCUCGGGUGUGGUAAAGCUGACCAGCCGCUGCCCCACGUGGUGGGGGCUCACAGCCCUGACCUAUCACUACGAGACCCAGUGCAUCCCCACGCCGGCUGCGUGGUUUGCCCACCAGCUCCCCGUGUGGUUCCAGAAGCUCAGUGUGGUGGCUACGUACGUCAUCGAGAUCGCUGUCCCCCUGCUCUUCUUCUCCCCCAUCCGCCGCCUCCGCCUCUUCGCCUUCUACUGCCAGGUCCUGCUCCAGCUGCUGAUCAUCAUCACAGGCAACUACAACUUCUUCAACCUGCUCACCAUCGUCCUCUGCUUCUCGCUGCUGGACGACGAGCAUGUGGGGCUGUGGUUGGGGCGCAGCAAGAAGCGGCCUGCCAGCGCCUGGCCUCCCAGCCUGGUGUCUGUCCUCUCCACGCUGCUGGAGUUGAUGGUCUAUGGGCUACUCAUCUACUGGAGCAUCCAGGACUUCGGCCUGCAGUUCAACUGGGAGAAGCAGCUGAUUGAAUCCAAAACAGCUUUCACUUACCAUGACUUCAUCCAGUGGCUGAAGACGGUGACUCUCCCUAUUGUGGGACUGAGCCUCCUCUCCCUGGCCUGGGAAAUCAUCUAUGCCCUGUACAGGUGUGCCUGCGUCCGGGGCUUUCCCUGGAAGCUCUGGGCUACUUUGCAAUGGGCUGUCUUUGCUGCCGCCGCAGUGGGAAUGUUUACUGUCAGCCUGGUCCCCUUUACCUACAUUGAGUACGAGUCGAACGGAAAGCUGUGGCCCGGCAUCCACCAGAUGUUCGGGGCUGUUGACCGCUACCAGCUGGUGAACUCGUACGGGCUCUUCCGCCGGAUGACGGGGGUCGGGGGCCGGCCGGAGGUGGUGGUGGAAGGAAGUUACGACAAGGAGAAAUGGACGGAGAUCGAGUUCAUGUACAAGCCGGGGAACGUCAGCGCCGCCCCUCCUGUGGUGCUCCCCCACCAGAUGUGGUUUGCGGCCCUGGGGCACCACAGUCAGAGCCCCUGGUUCACCAGCUUCGUCUAUCGCCUGCUGCAGGGCAAGAAAGACGUGAUCCACCUGGUACAGAUCGACGAAACGAAAUACCCAUUCAGCGCGCAGCCGCCUGCCUACAUCCGAGCCCAGCUCUACAAGUACUGGUUCACUGAGAGCACCAAGGACGGGACAAGACUCCCCUGAAGCGCCCUCCGGACACCUUCCUGCCCAGGGCCCUGCAGCUCAUCCGGGAGGUGAGCCGCCCCUACUCGGGCCCUGCCGUGGUGUGGUCGCUCUACCUCACGGCUGCCACCAUCUGCCUCCUGCGCGCACUGGGCAGCAGGACCCUGGGCGGUGCCCCCAGCAGCCGGCACAAGGGCUCCAAGCGGCCGGACGCAGCCGAGGGGGACGGGGACCAUGCGGGCGAGAAGAACGGGCAGGUGCGGAAGAAGGAGGCGGAGGAGAAGGCUGAGGGCAGAGCCCGAGGGGCUGGAGACACCACUUCUGACAGCCUGCGGAGCACCAGGAAGAAGAAGUAGCCCCCCUGUCUUCCAGGCACUGACGGCAAUGGCUCCGCUCUGGUGUCCUGUCUCUGGCCUUGCUGCU